ACUUAGCAAAAAGGAAGCCUGCAUCCUCUGUCGACUUGUUCCAAAAUGAGCACCAUCAUAUCCAGCUUAACCAAAAAACAGAAGAAGAAACUUUGCUCAUUGCUAAACAAUGCCAAACUCAGCCUGCUGUACAAAGCCAGUGUACAUGGCUACAGUACUAGUACAUUUAACCAAAAGUGUGAUAAGCAGGGUCCAACUGUUGUUGUUGCUUACAAUAAGUCUGGUUAUGUUUUUGGAGCUUUUACCAGCAAAGAUUAUGGUCAAACAGGCCAAAACAUUGUGGAUGACAAAGCUUUUCUCUUCAGUUUUAACGACAAAGAGCUUGAAGAAGAUCCUCUGCGUGUGAUCAGUGGAAAUCCAAAGUUUGCUUUCACUGACAAUGGUCCAAACUUCGACUCUUUAAUAUUUCUUUACAAUAGUACAGCCACAGUCAACAGUAAUCCAGGAACCUACCAGUUUGAUCCACAGCGGAUGCAUGGCAAUGACUUAAUCUUGACAGAAUGUGAGGUGUACAGAGUGGAAGGUUGUGGAGGGCUGAUGGAGAAACCAUGGAGAAAUGUGCACUGGGACUCGGAGAAAAAGAAGGCACUCUUGAGCUCCAUCUCCAGCUGGAAGCCUUCUGUGAGCUCAAUUAAACAGGCUCGGAUUCUGUUGCUGGGUCCCAUUGGUGCUGGAAAAUCAAGCUUCUUCAACUCCAUCAACUCUGUAUUCAAGGGUUACGUGAGCAUGCAGGCCAACACUGGCACUGCCGAAACCAGUUUGACUACUCAGUUCCGUACCUACUACACAAAGCCAGGCAGCAGUGUCAGCCAUGUUCCCUUCACUCUGUGUGACACAAUGGGUCUGGAGGAGGGUCUGAACUGUGGUUUGGAUGUGGAUGAUUUUGCCAGUAUUUUGAAGGGUCACAUUCAAGACCGCUACCAGUUCAACCCAUCAAUGCCUAUACAGCCAGACUCGCCAUAUUUCGUUAAAUCUCCUGGCUUGAAGGACAAGAUUCACUGUGUGGUGUAUGUGAUCGACGCCUGCAAAGUGAAUCUCCUUUCUGAUAAAAUCAUUGAGAAGUUUGCAGUUUUCCGAAAGAAAACCAACCAGCUGGGUAUUCCUCAGCUAGUUCUGCUGACCAAGGUGGAUGAAGCCUGUCCCUUAGUGGCAGAAGACCUGAAAAAUGUCUACCGGAGUCACUACAUCAACCAAAUGAUGCAAGAGGUUAGCACUCAGCUUGGAGUUUCUCUGUCUGCUGUGGUUCCAGUGAAAAAUUAUUGCCAAGAACUGGAAAUAGACCCUCAAACCGACAUACUGCUCCUGAAUGGACUUAUUCAGAUGCUUAGAGCUGCCGAAGGUUUUUUUGAUGAUUGUUACAAUCCAGAGGAGAAGUCUGAGUAGUGUCAACUUGUUAAGUCAUUCCUUUCUACAUUUAUUCAUUAAGCAGAUGCUUUUAUCAACAGCAACUUAGCACUAAAGUAGUUUAACUCAGGUCUAUUUUUAGCUAGAUGCUUCAUUGCUGGAUGGGUAAAAAUAUAACCAUUGUAAUAGAAAGUGAUAUAAAAGUAUUGCAAGGGUUAGGGUUAUGUAGGAUGAUCCCUGCUGCAUUUGUUUUUGCUUCUUUUGGUCUGAAGAUGCAAGUUGUUUAUUAAGUAUUCCCUUACAACUAUUGCCCUCUAGGGGUGACAGUAGGCCAUUUUGCAAUACAGGUAGAUGCUGUGUACAGUUUGAACAUUGUACGUAAAAUCAAAAUGAGCCGACAAGUUUGACGUUUAACAAGACAAUGUUUUCUGUGUAUAAUGGGCUCUGAGUAAACAUGGUAAAGCUGUUAAGUAUGUAACUCAAAGUACAAAGUCCAAGACUGUCUACUAAAGGUACUAAUUCUGAAUACUAACUUAGAAUUAAACUUACAAAAGCUGUUACUGGAGCAUUUCAAAAAGUACUUUUGAAACAUACCUUUAUGGUACUAAUAUAGAACUUUUAGGUGCAAGCGUUUACCUUUAGAAAAGGUACCACCCCAGAAGCAGGUUUUGUAUCUUUAUUUCUGAGAGUUUACAGUAAAAUGUUCGAGAAGCAAUGUGUGCAAGAAAAAUGGUGAAACUUGUAAGUAGAAUAGCUCACUGUACUUUCUUGUUGAUAAGGUCAUAAAAUUUCAUUAAAAAUGUAUUUGUUCUAUUCA